GUGGGGCUCCAUUGCGAGACUUCAGAUUGAGAAAUCAGAUGAAGUUUCAAGAAAAGGAAACUGGCAGGUGACAGAGAUGGGUGGAGGGACUGGAGAAAGGCUGUUUACUCCCUCCUGUCUAGUCGGCUUGGUCCCUUGAGGGCUCCGGAUAUCUUUGGUGACUUGUCCACUCCAGUGUGGCAUCAUGUGGCAGCUGCUCCUCCCAACUGCUCUGCUACUUCUAGUUUCAGCUGGCAUGCGUACUGAUCUCCCAAAGGCUGUGGUGUUCCUGGAGACUCAAUGGUACAGGGUGCUCGAGAAGGACGAUGUGACUCUGAAGUGCCAGGGAGCCUACUCCCCUGAGGACAAUUCCACACAGUGGUUUCACAAUGAGAGCCUCAUCUCAAGCCAGGCCUCGAGCUACUUCAUUGCCGCUGCCACAGUCUACGACAGUGGAGAGUACAGGUGCCAGACAAGCCUCUCCACCCUCAGUGACCCGGUGCAGCUAGAAGUCCAUAUCGGCUGGCUGUUGCUCCAGGCUCCUCGGUUGGUGUUCAAGGAGCAAGACCCUAUUCACCUGAGGUGUCACAGCUGGAAGAACACUGCUCUGCAUAAGGUCACAUAUUUACAGAAUGGCAAAAGCAGGAAGUAUUUUCGUCAUAAUUCUGACUUCUACAUUCCAAAAGCCACACUCAAAGACAGCGGCUCCUACUUCUGCAGGGGGCUUGUUGGGAGUAAAAAUGUGUCUUCAGAGACUGUGAACAUCACCAUCACUCAAGGUUUUGCAGUGUCAACCAUCUCAUCAUUCUCUCCACCUGGGUACCAAGUCUCUUUCUGCUUGGUGAUGGUACUCCUUUUUGCAGUGGACACAGGACUAUAUUUCUCUGUGAAGACAAACAUUUGAAGCUCAACAAGAGACUGGAAGGACCAUAAAUUUAAAUGGAGAAAGGACCCUCAAGACAAAUGACCCCCAUCCCAUGGGGGUAAUAAGAGCAGUAGCAGCAGCAUCUCUGAACAUUUCUCUGGAUUUGCAACCCCAUCAUCCUUAGGCCUCUCUACAAGCAGCAGGAAACAUAGAACUCAGAGCCAGAUCUCUUACCCAACUCUCGAUUUUUCCUUGGUCUCCAGUGGAAGGGAAAAGCCCAUGAUCUUCAAGCAGGGAAGCCCCAGUGAGUAGCUGCAUUCCUAGAAAUUGAAGUUUCAGAGCUACACAAACACUUUUUCUGUCCCAACCAUUCCCUCACAGCAAAGCAACAAUGCAGGCUAGGGAUGGUAAUCCUUUAAACACACAAAAAUUGCUCUUGUUAUAAAUUACCCAGUUUAGAGGGAAAAAAAGAAAAUAAUUAUUCCUAAAUAAAUGGAUAAGUAGAAUUAGUGGUUGAGGCAGGGCCAUACAGAGUGUGGGAACUGCUGGGGAUCUAGGGAAUUCAGUGGGACCAAUGAAAGCAUGGCUGAGAAAUAGCAGCGUAGUCCAGGAUAGUCUAAGGGAGGUGUUCCCAUCUGAGCCCAGAGAUAAGGCUGUCUUCCUAGAACAUUAGCCGUAGUGGAAUUAACAGGAAAUCAUGAGGGUGAGGUAGAAUUGAGUCUUCCAGGGGACUCUAUCAGAACUGGACCAUCUCCAAGUAUAUAACGAUGAGCCCUCUAAUGCUAGGAGUAGAAAAUGGUCCUAGGAAGGGGACUGAGGAUUGGGGUGGGGGUGCGGUGGAAAAGAAAGUACAGAACAAACCCUGUGUCACUGUCCCAAGUUAAGCUAAGUGAACAGAACUAUCUCAGCGUCAGAAUGAGAAAGCCUGAGAAGAAAGAACCAACCACAAGCACACAGGAAGGAAAGCGCAGGAGGUGAAAAUGCUUUCUUGGCUGGGGUAGUAAGAAUUAGAGGUUAAUGCAGGGACUGUAAAACCACCUUUUCUGCUUCAAUAUCUAAUUCCUGUAUAGCUUUGUUCAUUGCAUUUAUUAAACAAAUGUUGUAUAACCAAUACUAAAUGUACUACUGAGCUUCGCUGAGUUACGUUAUGAAACUUUCAAAUCCUUCAUCAUGUCAGUUCCAAUGAGGUAGGGAUGGAGAAGACAAUUGUUGCUUAUGAAAGAAAGCUUUAGCUGUCUCUGUUUUGUAAGCUUUAAGUGCAACAUUUCUUGGUUCCAAUAAAGCAUUUUACAAGA